CCUAUACAUACACCCACCAACGUCUCUACCAACAACAACAACAACGUCUCUACCACAUUGUCUAAGAGAGACUGAAAUACUUCCAUUUUUAUCAAAUGGCUUCUUCAACAAUGGCUCUCUCCUCCCCUUCUCUUGCUGGCCAAGCUGUCAACCUUAGUCCCUCUGCAUCUAACCUUCUUGGUGAGGGCCGAGUCACCAUGCGCAAAACCGCAGCCAAGUCCAAAAAAAAUGUAUCAUCCGGUAGCCCGUGGUAUGGCCCUGACCGUGCUAAAUACUUGGGCCCAUUCUCCGGUGAGUCCCCUUCUUACCUCACUGGAGAAUUCCCUGGCGAUUACGGUUGGGACACUGCUGGGCUCUCAGCUGACCCAGAGACCUUUGCCAAGAACCGUGAGCUUGAAGUUAUCCAUUCAAGAUGGGCCAUGCUCGGUGCUCUGGGCUGCGUUUUCCCCGAACUCUUGUCUCGUAACGGGGUCAAGUUCGGUGAGGCUGUAUGGUUCAAGGCUGGAGCCCAGAUAUUCAGUGAGGGUGGGCUAGACUACUUGGGAAACCCAAGCUUAGUCCAUGCCCAAAGCAUUUUGGCUAUCUGGGCCACACAAGUUAUCUUGAUGGGCGCAGUGGAAGGUUACAGAGUUGCAGGUGGGCCUCUCGGGGAGAUCACUGACCCAUUAUACCCAGGAGGGAGCUUUGACCCAUUGGGUCUUGCUGAGGAUCCAGAGGCUUUCGCUGAGCUGAAGGUGAAGGAGCUGAAGAAUGGAAGACUGGCCAUGUUUUCCAUGUUUGGUUUCUUUGUGCAGGCCAUUGUUACAGGAAAGGGACCAAUUGAGAACUUGGCUGACCACUUGGCUGACCCUGUUAACAACAACGCUUGGUCAUAUGCCACAAACUUUGUUCCUGGAAAGUGAGGCUGAGAACUUGAGAGAGAGAAGCAGAUUUGUAACAAUUAUUGUUGUGAAACAGGAUUUCUGUUAAUGUGGUUAAUUUUAUGAAACUUACUUGGGUGUUGUCAGCA